AUGCUAUUCGAGUUGAUAGCGGCCAUACUGGCAGUUCUGGUGGGUUGGGACUACUUGCACAAAAAACAAAGAGAUGCCUUCUUAGCAAAAUCCAAUAUAACCGGACCAAAAGCACUGCCUAUUCUUGGUAAUGCCCUGCGUCUGAGAAACAUCAAUACAGCAAAUAUCGAGACGAUGUUAAAAGAAAACACUGCGAAGUAUGGCAAAGUGUAUCGUUUCUGGGUUUUCAAUCAGAUGCAUUUGAGGGUCACCGAUCCAAAACUUUGCGAAGCCAUUUUAAGCAGCCAGCAACAGAUUACCAAAAGCAGUUUCUAUGAUUUCUUGAUCGAUUGGUUGGGUCGUGGUCUGCUCUUGAGUAAUGGGAAGAAAUGGCAUACCCGCCGCAAGAUAAUCACUCCAGCAUUCCACUUCAAAAUACUGGAACAAUUUGUAGAGGUUUUCGAUCAACAGAGUACCAUUAUGGCUAAGAACUUAUAUGCUCGUGCCAAUGGUAGGACGGCCAUCGACAUGUUUCCUGUAGUGUGUCGCAUGGCUUUAGACACUAUAUCGGAAACCGCAAUGGGUGUAAAGGUUCAUGCUCAAAAGAACCAGGAAUUUGAAUAUGUCAAAGCUCUGAACUAG